CAUAACGUGCGUCAGCUCGGGCAGGAAGCGCAUCCUUACGAGUGUCAACCCCAUUUCAUGCUGCUUCUUUUCGCACAGGACACAAACACGCACACGGCAUCGGGAACCGAAGACGCAUCAUCGGCUGCGGCGAGGUGACGUGACGUUCCACGGAUGUUUGUGUCUGUCUGGCGGCCACAUUGCACCGCUGGAAUCCUCCGGUAGUGUCAAGACGGAUGUUGUCAUCCACGCUGCCAUUCCUCCAGACGAUGCUGAGGGUGAUGAUGGUGAUGGUGAUGCUGAGGAAGAGGACGGCGUGCAGGAAAUAGGUUCCUCCAUGACUCGAUGUGCCUCGAUCCCGUUCUAAAGUUGUGACCCAGCGCCUACUGGACCCCUCUUCAUCCGGUACCGACACCUCCGAAAGGAUGUGACUAAAGGAUCUCUUGGCUCUCACGGCUGCUAUGGACGUCCUCUGAUACCAGAUCGUGCUGGCUUCCUUUUGGAUGUAGACGAUGGUGUUGUUUCUGGCCGGAGUCUCCAACAGUUCUUCUCAUGACAACCACACGGCAGGAAGCCCCUCCCAUCAGGGCGGGCAUGUGCUGCCCUCCACGCUGAUCUUGUCUCUGGUCCUCAUCGUGGUGGUCCUGCUGGCCAUCUACUGCCUCAGGUUCAAGAACCACAGGAAGGCUCUGGUGAAGUCGGUGGAUAAAAAGCUUCCGAAUGGCUUCCUGGAGGAACAAGGAGAGCAGAGAGUGGUCCUCCUGCCCAGGUCGCCCUCGCCCUCCAAGAGGUACUUCCCCAUCCCCUUGGACUCGCUGGAGGAGGAGUACCGCCUGCGCUCGGCCGACGACGGCAAGCUCUUCCGCGAGGAGUUCAACUCGCUGCCGUGUUACCACCCCCACGGCACCGUGGAGGAGGCCAGCAAGGAGCACAACAGGGACAAGAACAGAUACCCCAACAUCUUGCCAUACGACCAUUCCAGGGUGCUGCUCGGCAGCCAUAUCGGACGCCCGUGCUCGGACUACAUCAACGCCUCUUACAUCGACGGCUUCAAGCAGAAGAAGAAAUUCAUCGCAGCUCAAGGUCCAAAGCUGGAGACGGUGGCCGACUUCUGGCGGAUGAUUUGGGAGCAGAAGACCGCCACCAUUGUGAUGCUGACCAAUCUGAAAGAAAGAAAAGAGGAUAAGUGUUAUCAGUACUGGCCGGAGAAAGGCUGCCGGCUGCACGGCAACAUGCGAGUGACCACGGAGGACGUGACCGUGCUGGUGGACUACACCCUCCGCAAGUUCUGCGUGCAAUACCAAGGCAGCGAUGGACCCCGCGCCCCAUGCCGGGUCACCCAGCUCCACUUUACCAGCUGGCCAGACUUCGGGGUGCCCUUCUCGCCCAUUGGCAUGCUGAAAUUCCUCAAGAAGGUCAAGGCGGUCAACCCGCCGUACGCCGGGCCCAUGGUGGUGCACUGCAGCGCCGGCGUGGGAAGGACGGGCACGUUCAUUGUCAUUGACAGCAUGAUGGACAUGAUGCAGGCGGACCAGAGGCUGGACGUCUUCGGCUUCGUGAGCAGAAUACGGGAGCAGCGCUGUCAGCUCAUCCAGACCGAUACGCAGUACUCCUUCAUCUACCAGGCCCUGCUGGAGCACUUCCUGUACGGCGACACCGAGCUGGACGUGUGCUCCCUGGAGGGCCAUCUGCAGAGGCUCCACAACACCCGGGCCGCCCACGACAGACUGGGCCUGGAGGAGGAGUUCCGGAAGCUGACUAACGUCCGCAUAAUGAAGGAGAACAUGAGAACGGGGAACCUUCCGGCCAACAUGAAGAAGAACCGCGUGCUUCAGAUCAUCCCGUACGACUUCAACCGAGUAAUACUGUCAGUGAAAAGAGGUCAGGAGUUCACCGACUACAUCAAUGCCUCCUUUAUUGACGGCUACAGACAGAAGGACUACUUCAUGGCCACCCAGGCCCCGCUGUGUCACACGGCCGAGGACUUCUGGAGGAUGGCGUGGGAGUGGAGGUGUCGCUCCAUCGUCAUGCUGACUGAGCUGAAGGAGCGGGAGCAGGACAAGUGCUUCCAGUACUGGCCAUCAGAGGGCAGUGUGACAUUUGGAGACUACACCGUGGAGCUGAGUGGGGACUCGCAGGGUGAAGCCUUCUCUCUCAAAGACUUGGUGCUCACCCACAGAUCUGAGAGGCGCUCGCAACACGUCCGUCAUUUCCACUUCCACGGAUGGCCUGAGAUCGGAAUACCGUCGGAGGGCCGAGGGAUGAUUGACAUCAUCGCGGCGGUGCAGCGGCAGCAGCAGCAGUCUGGAAACCGUCCCGUCGUCGUUCACUGCAGUGCCGGCGCGGGUCGGACGGGCACCUUCAUCGCCCUCAGUAACAUCCUGGAGAGGGUGAAGGCCGAAGGCCUCCUGGACGUCUUCCAGACCGUCAAGAGUUUACGCAUGCAGAGGCCGCAUAUGGUCCAGACCGUGGAGCAGUACGACUUCUGCUACCGAGUGGUGCAGGAUUUUGUGGACAUCUUCUCCGACUACGCCAACUUUAAGUAGCGCUCGACCUCCGUCAGAUUAUGCAACUGUUGUUUUGGAAUGUAUGUUUUUAUAAGGUAACUGUCAGGUUCAAACACUGAUGACAUCUAUUAAACAAGACAAGAGGCAAAGAAUUUAACAGAGACAGAAUUCAAUUUGGACUCAAUUGAGGAGAAACGCCUGGACACACUGUACUCUUGUACCAGUCUCCAGCACGCUCCCCCAAAAGAUUGCACUUCUCCUUCUUUAUUCGACUUUCUCCGACCACCUGACCACCGCUUCCACUUCCAGAGGGAAGUGGGUCGUAAACAGCGUUGCCUUUGUUUACAGAAUAGUUCAAAAGAAGAGGUCGUUUACCUACUCAGUGGCCUACUGGUUAGAGUGUCCGCCCUGAGAUGGGUAGGUUGUGAGUUCAAACCCCGGCCGAGUCAUACCACUAUAAAAAUGGCACCCAUUACCUCCCUGCUUGGCACUCAGCAUCAAUGGCUGGAAUUGGGGGUUAAAUCACCAAAAAUGAUUCCCGGGCGCGGCCACCGCUGCUGCCCACUGCUCCCCUCACCUCCCAGGGGGUGAUCAAGGGUGAUGGGUCAAAUGCAGAGAAUAAUUUCGCCACACGUAGUGUGUGUGUGACAAUCAUUGGUACUUUAACUUUAAAAUAGUUCAAAAAGAGGUCGUCUGGAAAUUGGGCAGAUCCUUGGUUCUCUCCGUUUUGAAGUCCUUGGGUUAGAACAAUAUCGUUCUGUUGAUUACCAUACAUGAGAGAAAACAGGAACACCUUUAUCUUGCUUCCCCCCGCCCCCUACACAGUGGAGUUUUACGAGCCUUACUCUUGGUAGGUUUCAAAGACAGCUUUUGUCUUCUUGUCAGGAACUCAAUGUAAUACAAAGUUUUUGUGAUAAUUUAGAAACAAUUAUUCUAACAGUAACACUUUUUACAUUUUGCAUAAAAAAACAUAUUGUAAUAUAAGCAAGCAUUUAGGAUUAAAUUAUCCAAUUUUUUUUUUCAGUUUUACUUGAAAAUAUUGAAUAGCUUUACCCGUGCAAAACAGGACGGAGUGAAUGUCUGCGAACAUAUUUGCAAUUGUUUACAUGCUUGAGUGGUGUUACGUCUGACCAACUCUUCCUCCCCAGAGAAUCUAAGUUACUGGUCAAUCCCUAGUUCUUUCGAUAACAUAUAUGCUGAGUAAGAAGGACCAUCAAGACAGAAUUGGAAUAUUUUCAAGUUUUACUAAAGCUUUACGAGAUCAACUUAACUAAUACAUUCAUAUCGGCGACUCUAGUUGAUCUGACAUCCAAACGGAAAAGCCAACUCCUUGCACACAAAGAAAGCCCCCCUCUCUCCCCCUUGCAACACUGAUAAGGAACAAGUGGGGGAGGUAUUCACAUUCCUGAUGGUUUAAGACACUAAACCAUACUUGCCAACCUUCCCGGUUUUACCGGGAGACUCCCGGAAUUCAGCGCCUCUCCCGAUAACCUCCCGGAAGACAUUUUCUCCCGAUAAACUCCCGGAA